AUGGCACAUCAAAACUGGGGAACUAACAGACUGACCCCUCCCCUUUUAUUUAUGCUUUCUUGUGCCAUCUGUAGGUUGAUACUGUCAAACUACUUCGCCAGUCUCGGUUCCUCCUACUCUCUCGCGGCGGCGGCAGCGGCGGUGGCGGCAAUCGUUUUCUUAGGAAAUCGAAUUCAUUAUCGCUUCUGGGAUUGGAUCACAACUGAGCCCAGAAGGCUUCCACCAGGCCCACCCAGAUGGCCCAUUGUGGGCAACCUUCUCCAGUUGGGCCAACUCCCUCACCGAGACUUGGCCGCUCUGUGCGACAAAUACGGGCCCCUCGUCUACCUCCGGCUCGGCAGCGUCAAUGCCAUCACCACCAAUGAUCCCAGCAUCAUCCGCGAGAUCCUUGUCCAUCAGGACGACGUGUUCGCCUCUCGGCCCAGGACGCUGGCCGCCGUCCACUUGGCCUACGGGUGCAGCGACGUGGCGCUAGCGCCACUGGGCCCCCGGUGGAAGCGGAUGAGGAGGAUCUGCAUGGAGCACCUCCUGACUACUAAGAGGCUCGAGUCGUUUGCGAGGCACCGGGCCGAGGAGGCGUGGCACCUUGUGAGAGAUGUCUGGGCCAGGUGCCAGGAUGGAAGGCCCAUUAACAUGAGGGAGGUGUUGGGCGCGUUCUCCAUGAACAACGUGACGAGGAUGCUGCUGGGGAAACAGUACUUUGGGGCAGGGACGGCCGGUCCGGACGAGGCAAUGGAGUUUAUGCAUAUAACCCACGAGUUGUUUUGGCUCUUGGGGGUCAUAUAUUUAGGGGAUUACUUGCCCAUUUGGAGGUGGAUUGACCCGUCAGGGUGUGAGAAGAAGAUGAGGGAAGUGGAGAAGAGAGUGGAUGAUUUCCAUGCCAGUAUCUUACAAGAGCAUAGGAAUAAGAAGGCCCAAUUGAAAGGUGAUGGUGAUGAUGAGAUGGACUUCGUGGAUAUUCUUUUGUCUUUGCCAAGUGAAGAUGGAAAAGCCCACAUGGAUGAUGUCGAAAUCAAGGCUCUUAUUCAGGACAUGAUAGCUGCGGCAACAGACACAUCCGCCGUGACAAACGAGUGGGCCAUGACAGAGGUUAUCAAGCACCCUAGAGUCCUCCGCAACAUCCAAGAAGAGCUCGAUAGGGUCGUUGGCCCCGAUCGGAUGGUCAGCGAGGCAGACCUGGCGAACCUCAAUUACCUACGCUGCGUCGUACGCGAGACUUUUAGGAUGCACCCGGCAGGCCCCUUCCUCAUCCCGCAUGAGUCCCUGUGUGACACAACCAUCAAUGGGUACCACAUCCCUGCUAAGACCCGCGUCUUCAUCAACACACAUGGGCUGGGCCGGAACACCGGCAUUUGGGAUAACGUCGAGGAGUUCAGGCCCGAGAGGCAUGUCCUGCUUGAUGGCAGCCGAGUCGAGAUCAGCCAUGGGGCUGACUUCAAGAUACUGCCGUUCAGCGCUGGGAAGAGGAAGUGCCCUGGCGCACCACUCGGGGUGACCCUGGUUCUAAUGGCUCUGGCCCAACUCUUCCACUGCUUUGACUGGACACUGCCGGAUGGGCUGCGGCCUGAAGACAUCGACACGACCGAAGUCUACGGGAUGACGAUGCCCAGGGCCGAGCCUUUGGUGGCUAUUGCUAAGCCACGCUUAGCAGCCCACAUGUAUCACUAGUUUAUCCUUAGCUUUGCCAAUGUUGCAUCAAUAUGAUCUUGCACUUUGAUCCGAAUUGCACAUCUUGAUUAGUUCAUCUUUGGACGAUUUAAAUAAGAGUCCUCCAUUCUAGUCUAAGUAAUAAAUCCUCGUGGUCUAAUAACUCUACUUUCAAGGGGAUAUUUGUAUCUCGGUGGCUUGUGUUCUUCCUGUUCUUAUUCCAGUUAUUGAUUAUCCUGAAUAUUUGACUUAAGCAGGUUGAAAAUUGGUGAUUUUCUUUGAUAUUAAAUAAUUUAUAUAUAAGGCAAGAAUUUUAUUGGUCUU